AUGGAUGUGAUACCAGUGAAGAGUGAGACUAAUGGCACUGGAAGGCGAUUGCAUGGUGCUGCAGUACUGGUUCCAUCCAAUGGGAAUCAAGUGGUAAAGGUCAUAAAGAGGAGAAAAAGGGAGCCUACGUUACCACAGAUCGGAAGUGAUGCCAACAGGGAGAUGAUCGAUCAAUCUUCUACUUGCAGCACGAUGAAAAGAAGUUCAAGGUUUCGAGGUGUUAGCAGGCAUCGAUGGACGGGUCGUUUCGAGGCCCACCUUUGGGAUAAAGGGUCUUGGAAUGCAACACAGAGGAAGAAGGGGAAACAAGUUUACCUUGGAGCCUACGAUGACGAAGAAGCAGCAGCAAGAGCUUAUGAUCUUGCAGCGCUCAAGUACUGGGGACCUUCAACCUACACGAACUUUCAGGUAUCUGACUAUGAUAAAGAGAUACAAGUAAUGCAAAGCGUCACAAAAGAAGAGUACCUAGCAUCAAUAAGGAGGAAGAGCAGUGGUUUCUCAAGAGGUGUAUCCAAGUACCGGGGAGUUGCUAGGCAUCACCACAAUGGAAGAUGGGAAGCAAGGAUUGGCAGGGUCUUCGGGAACAAAUAUCUCUAUCUCGGCACUUAUAGCACUCAGGAAGAAGCUGCCCGUGCUUAUGACAUCGCCGCAAUCGAGUACAGAGGAAUAAAUGCUGUGACCAAUUUCGAUUUGAGCACAUACAUCAGAUGGCUAAAGCCAGGUGCCUCCUCCAAUGUGCGCAAUACUACCGGAGAGCAACAUGCAAAUAUUGAUGAAUUUUGUGCACUGCAAAUCCCAAACAACCACUUCUCAACAGGUCAAGCAGAAGAACACCUGAACUUCAACCCCUUUAUUACUGAAUACAUGAACUUACAGUAUAAGCAGGAAUACACGGCCGAUCAAUUCCCUGGUGGUGGUGGUGCUGCUGCUGCUGUUACUGGUUGCACUGGUGCAAGCAGCAAGUCCUCUCCUACCGCUCUUAGUCUCUUGUUAAAAUCCUCAAUAUUCAGGCAACUCGUAGAUAACUUCAGUGCGGUCAAUGAAGAGUUUGAAGGAGAUGGCACCAAGGAAAGGAAACGACUGCAGGGAGAACAUGAUCAGAGCAAUGGUAUCUUUUAUGAAGAAAUGGCAGGUGCACCGUAUGUUCGUGAUCCGAACGAUGAGCAUGGUCAAAGAAUUGAGCUGCUUCGGGAGACGGUUUGUUGUUAUGAGCACAGUGAGCAGCAGACACACUGGAACGGUAUUAUGAGCAUAUCGUCGAUGCAGCAGCUCAAGUAA